AUGGCGGAAAGCCCGCUCCGGACCGACGUGACCUCGACGCCGGAUAAGGGCACAAUGGCGACGGCGAUGACGACAACGACGACAACGCCGGUGCGGAAACCAAAGUUCACGGAUUACCUUAGGGUCUUCACCUACGCGACGAAAUGGGACUUUUGCGUGUACGUGAUCGCUUCGGUGGCGUCCGUCGCCGCCGGCGUGACCCUGCCGCUCAUGAACAUCAUCUUCGGCCAGCUCGUCAGCCAGUUCACCAGCUACUUCAGUGACGACGCCACCGUCUCCCGCGCCCAGUUUGACAGCAUCCUCAACCGCCAGGCCCUCUACAUCAUGGCCCUCUUCGUCGGCCGCUGGGCGCUCAACGCCGUCAACAAGUUCUGCUUCAGGAUGAUCGGCAUCCGCCUCUCGUCCGCCAUCCGCCUGCACUACCUGCAGUCUCUGUUCGCGCAGCCUAUUCACGUCAUCGACUCGAUGCCCCCCGGGGCGGCGGCGACUGCCAUCACUGGAACGUCGGCUGUGUUGCAGAUCGGCAUCUCCGAUCGCCUGGGCACCUUCCUGCAGUUCAACGGUACGAUCUGGGCGGCCCUGGUCAUUGCCUUCAUUUGGAGUUGGGAUCUCACUUUGGUGACCUCGUCACUAAUCCUGUACAUUUUGAUCGUCCUGGGCGUGGUCAUGCCCAUCAUCGUCAAGGGAGAGACUGCGACAACUGAGGCUGAUGCACAGGGCACUGCCAUCGCCAGCGAGGCCCUUGGGGGUAUCCGGCUGGUCAUGGCUUGUGGUGCGCAGAGCCACAUCAUCUCCCGCUAUGAGGGCUGGGUGCAGGAAGCUAUGAGACGAGCUCAGAGGACCGCCCCCGUCGUGGCGAUUCAGUUUGGCCUCAUCUUUUUCGGCGUCUUCGGCGCGUUUGGUCUAGCUUUCUGGUAUGGCACCCAGCGGUAUAUCGCCGGUGCUCUCGACAACGCCGGUGUGGUCGUCGUGGUGCUGAUGUCCGUCAUGAUGAUACUCACCUCCUUGGAGCGGAUUUCAACACCAAUCAUCGCCGUCAGCAAGGCCAUGGUUGCCGCUUGCGAGCUUUUCACGGUGAUUGAUGCCCCCCUGCCCCCUGCUGGCACCCUCAAGCCUGAAAUCGACUCGGAGGACAUUGUGUUUGAGGACGUGACAUUCGAGUAUCCCAGCCGAGCCGGCGUCAAGGUCCUGAACUCACUGAACUUCCGCAUCCAGCCUGGCCAGAACAUAGCUCUCGUUGGUCCAUCUGGCUCUGGUAAGAGCACAAUCGUUGGCUUGCUGGAGCGAUGGUAUUCCCUGAGAGAGCAACACGCGUUGCCCCGCGUGGCUGAUGAUCAGGCAUCCGAAAAGCCGCAUGACGAAACGGUGGAAUGCGUCAACGAGGAGUUGAAGUCGCUCAUUAUGCCCAAUCUCUCUGGAACUAUCAGCGUUGGUGGUGUAAACAUAGAGGAUCUCGACCUCAAGUGGUGGAGAGCUCAAGUCGGCCUAGUCCAGCAAGAGCCGUUCCUUUUCAACAACACCAUCUUUAACAACGUCGCAAACGGCCUCAUCGGUACCGAUUGGGAGAACGAGCCCGAAACCGUAAAGCGAGAGCUUGUUCGUGACGCUUGCCAGGAAUCUUACGCCCACGAGUUCAUCAGCAGACUGCCCGAUGGUUACGAUACGCGUGUUGGUGACGGAGGCGCCAAAUUGUCCGGCGGUCAAAAGCAACGUCUCGCAAUCGCCAGGAGUAUCAUCAAGAAGCCUCGCAUCAUUAUCCUCGACGAAGCAACUAGCGCAAUUGAUGCCAAAAGCGAAAAGAUUGUCCAGGCCGCGCUCGACAGAGUCACUCAUGGGCGUACCACCAUAACUAUCGCCCACAGGCUAUCAACAAUCAAGAAGGCUGACAACAUUGUCGUACUUCAACGAGGGCAGGCUGUCGAGCAGGGCACCCACCAUAGCCUCUUGAGCGAUCCUUCGAGCGUCUACAGCUCCUUGGUGCGAGCUCAAGCGCUGCAUCUGUCUACACCAGAGAAGUCGGUGUCGGAGGCUUCCGCCUCGGGGCUCGAUUCGGAAAUGGAGGAGAAGGUGUUCACGGAUCAAGACCAUCGCCCUACGGCAGCCUUCAUGGAUACUUUGGAGCAUAAUGUACCCCAUAAGUCUCGUGGCCUGGUACGCAGCUUCGGAAAGCUCCUUUACGAGCAUAAAGCGAAUUGGACUUCGUACGUGGCCGUCAUCUUGUCCUGCAUGGCGACGGCAGCCGGCACACCCAUACAAGCGUGGCUCUUCUCCAAGGUACUCUCCGUGUUUCUCCUGACCGGAGACGACCUAAAGCGGCGGUCGGAUUUCUGGGGCCUGAUGUGGUUUGCCCUCGCCGGGGGCGUUGGUCUGGCGUACGUCGCCCAGUGCUGGAUUGGCCUGCGUCUGCAAUAUUUCGUCAGCGCUGCGUACAAGAAGCAAUACCUCAACGACAUGCUGCAUCAGCAUCUCAGCUUCUUCGAUGACGACAAGAACUCUCAUGGGGCUCUGAGCGCUAGAAUCUCGGGCGAUGCAAAGUUACUGGAGGAACUACUGGGGCUGAACCUGGCGAUGCUGCUUUCCGGCGUCUUCACCGUCAUCGGAUGCGUCGCCAUCGCGCUAAUCUUCGGCUGGAAGCUCGGCUUGGUCGCCAUGUUCAUCACAAUGCCAAUCAUGUUGGGUGCAGGGCUGUGGAAGUACAGGCAUGAGGUGCAAUUCGACCAGAUGAAUAUGGCAGUCUUUGGGGAGAGCUCGCAGUUCGCCACUGAAGCCAUCGGGGCCAUCAGGACGGUCUCCUCCCUCGGCAUGGAAUCCACCAUUAAUGCUCGAUACGAAAAGCUCCUUAGCGGACACAUCCUGGCGGCGCGGCGCAAAGCGCAAUGGACGGCUGUGCUCUACGGCUUCGCAGACAGCGUAAGUCUCGGGUGUCAGGCGCUGGUCUUCUGGUACGGCGGCAGGCUCCUGGCCAGUGGCGAGUAUUCCAUGGAGGCGUUUUUCGUCUGUUUCAUGGCCAUCAUUCAGGGUGCAGAGGCAGCCAGCCAGAUCCUGGCCGUGGCUCCUAGCGCCGCGCAGGCGGCGGCGGCAGCCGACCGCAUCCUCGAUGUCAGGGAGUCUGCUGACGUUGGCCAAGCCGCGAUAAGGGGCUGUGAGGAAAUAGUCGGAGCCGAGGGCGGCGUCCGGGUCGAGUUGCGAGACGUUCAUUUCAAGUAUCCCACGCGUGACGUUAUCGUGUUUGAGGGGCUGAACCUCGCCAUCGAACAGGGGCAAUACGCAGCCUUUGUAGGCCCCUCUGGAUGCGGAAAGACAACCAUCAUCUCGCUCCUGGAACGUUUCUACGAAUUGGGCAAAGGCCACGGGUCAAUCCUCUGCAACGGCGUCAACAUCCACGACCUCGACGUGUACGACUACCGCCAAAACAUCUCGCUCGUCGCUCAGGAACCCGUCAUGUUCCGAGGGACGGUCCGUGAUAACAUUCUCUUCGGCAUCGAGGACCCCAGCUCCAUCUCCGACGAGAGGAUCCACGAGGUGUGCAUCGAGGCCUUCAUUCACGACUUCAUCGUGUCUCUGCCCGAGGGUUACGACACCGACGUCGGCGCCAAGGGCGUGUCCAUGUCUGGCGGGCAGAAGCAGCGUAUCGCCAUCGCGCGUGCCCUGAUCCGCGAGCCGAAGCUUCUGCUGCUAGACGAGGCCACGUCGGCGCUAGACUCGGAGUCGGAGAAGAUUGUGCAAGCCGCGUUCGAGAGGGCGCGCGACGGACGGACCGUGGUGGCCGUGGCCCACAGGCUAUCGACCAUCCAGAACGCCGAUGUCAUUUUCGUAUUCAGCGAGGGGAGGGUGGUGGAAAAGGGGUCUCACCAUGAGCUCAUAAGGAAACAGGGUGUCUACUGGGAGAUGUGCCAAAGUCAGGCUCUGGACCAAUAG